UUACUUUCUUUUUUUAAUUAACUUAAUGGCCAUGUGCACUCCGUUAACAGAGGCAGCAAAAAUAAAAACAUGGGAAUUCUCGAAAAAUAGAGCAGAAGCAGAGCACCGUGGAAUGUUGUUGAGUUCCCAGUGCCGUGGAAGUGGAACCAAAGAAAGUAGAAGGUAAAAGCAGAAUGUUCGCCUGACCCGGUACAGCUCCGGCAACGUCCUCUCCGUUUUACCCCAGAACACUCGCUUGUCCAUUUUAACAACACCCUUCUUUUGCUUUUUUUGUUUCAAUUAUGAAAAUUGUUGUCUUGAUUAUGCAAUAAUUCAUCCUUGGAUUACUUUUUUUUUUUUUUUUUUUUUUUUUUGUAUGUGGAUCUUUCUAUGCACUACUUCACCACCUGGGGUAAGUGUAGUAUGCUUACGACCAUUGUCGCUUUUCGCAUUGAUCACAUGAAAAGGCCUGCCAUUUUUCAUUAUCUCACUUUGGAUUGUACAAUUUGACUCUUUCUACUGUAUGUCUCCUGUUUAUUUUGUGCUGUUUUGAUCUGUUGUGGGUUUAGGCGGAAAAUAUGACAUAUGAGGGGAAGGAGGUAUGUGUGUCUCGUGAGAUAAAUAAUGGGGUUUGUCAAUACACAAUGCAUGAUGCAAUAAUGAACCCAUUCAUGAUCAAUGUUGAGCCAACAAGAAGAGUUCUUCUGCUUCGUGUUCUGACUAAUAGUGAUGGAAAUUGUUUUAUGAGCUCCCCCAUUACACACUGCUCCUCUUUCUUCAUAUGAUGAGUUUAGCAUAGUACUCUGUGUGUGUGUGUUUCCCUGUUUCUGGAAACUCUGUUGGAAAUAUGAAAUAGAGAUUAGAUGAGAUGGAUUUUAUUGCUAGCCCAUGCUUUGUAAGCUCUUGUGCACACUGUUUCUAUGGUGAUGGUGAGACACGCAGCCCGUUUGUUAAAAUGACUCAAAGAAGGUUAGCUUGCAGAUUCUUAAUUACAUUCUGUUCAUGAUUAUUCUUAUUGGUAUGCUCGAUUUUAAUCUACUUGGAUAAUACUUAUUCCCUGAUUUCUGCUUCUUUCUUUUUAGACUGAACUUUCUCUUUUGAAUAAGAAAUUACGUUGCUG